AUGCAGGCAGGCCGCUCACCUCCGACGCCGUUUGUGUUGCAGCAGCGGCCGGAGCAGCAGGGCGUGCUGUGCGCGCUGCAGCGCGACGCGUCGUGGAAGUGCCUGGCGCUGACGCUGCUCAUCUGCGGCUGCCUGGGCGCCGUCACGUGGUGCCGCCUCGCCGAGGUCACCAAGGUGAUCAUCAACUUCUCGCUGUACCCCAUCACGCGCACGCGCCAGAUGUCGCCGUGCGAGGACGGCUACCUGUACGUGCCGGUGGCCUUCCUGGCGCUGCUCUACCUGGUCUACCUGGUGGAGUGCUGGCACUGCACGGCGCGCCUCGACCUGCAGGGGCCGCGCGCCGGGGCGGCGCAGGUGCUGGAGAGGGUGCGGCUCAUGAAGGAGGCGCAGCCCGUCGUCUGGUGGAAGGCGGUGUGCUACCACUACGUGCGCCGCAAGCGGCAGGUGACGCGCUACCGGCACGGCGACGCCUUCACGUCGACGCAGGUCUACUACGAGCGUGUCAACUCGCACGCGGCGGGCGCCUGCUUCUCCUACAGCUACUGUGGCGUCCGUGACAUCUCGCGGGAGCUCAAGCUGGACGCCGACUGCCCGCUCACCAAGAUACGCUUCAGCAAGGGCUUCGCAUUCGCCAAUGUGGAGGCGGCGGCCGAGUUCGAGGAGCAGCGGGCGCGCUUCUUCGGCGAGUACGAGCGCGUCGACGACUACCUGGAGAUGCGCGAGGGGCUCGACGUGGCGCACUUCCGCGACGAGCAGCUGACGGUGGCGCCCGGCGUCGGCGCCUCCCUCUACAGCCCCACCGUCUUCUGGGUGUGCUCGCUGCUGCUGCUGUCCUGGCCGCUGCGCCUGCUGCUGCAGUGCCGCACUGCCUACCUCCACUACCAGGUGACAAAGCUGUUCGGGGUGAACUACGAGACGAGCACGACGGGCGGUCGCAGCAGCGUUGUCACGGCCGCAAACAACAACAACAACAACAACAACAACACCCGCAGCGUGAGCUGCUGCCAGCAGGAGGGCGGCUGCGACCAGCGGUGGCUGGGCUCCCGGGGCGGCCUGUCCCACUGCACCGCCGACAGCGGCGACCUGGAGUGGUGCUGCCGCGACAACUCGGUUCUGGUGCCCUCCUACAGCGAGGCCCUCCUCAUGGACACCUCCACAGGUUCAUGA